CAGGCAUUUCUGAAGGCCGCUGACGAGGUCAAGAAAUUGGCUACAGAACCGAGUGAUGCCGACAAAUUAGAGGUUUAUUCUUUGUACAAGCAAGCUACCGUGGGAGACUGCAAUACAGGUAAAAUUAUUAUGAUAUUAUUUUUUUGUUACACAAGAAAAAGCACAGAUUUGUCAUCCCGGCCUCGUGAGCUAAUCCUUCUCUUACCACCAUAUUUGAAACGUUGAGAAUCUUCUGUAAAAAGAUCAAAUUUAUAAUCACGAAGUAGUGCAUAAAGUGCUGAGUAGAGUUGUUUAUUAGCUUUGAAAUUUAUAUAAAGGAACUGUUCAAAUUUGCACAAUUUUAAGCUCAUGCGUUUAGCUUUAGGCAGUAAAUUUACUUCAGAAAUGUCAAUUGUGGACCUUGGACUUCGGUCUACGGACCUGAGCUGAUUUAAAGUGGCUUUAAAAUAUAUAAUAUUUCACCAGAACGUGGUGCAUAGAUAAUUAUUGAGGUGAAUAACAGCUCAGUUUUGCUUCUGUUAUGCCAUCUCCACGAUCAAGUUCAGUUUUUGCUGUGUGGCCUGGUUCAGACCUGUUUCAGGCUUUUGCGAGUGUGUUUUCUGGUAAAUUGAACAAAUUGGAACAAAUGGUAAACACAAUUCUAGGGCAAAAUUACCUAUCCUGAAGUUUGCUUACCAUUAUAUUUUACCCAAACCAUGAACCAACCAGUUUGCCCAUGUAAAUAAUAAAUAACUAGAGAUUUGUCAAGUGGAUAGCAUCAUCUAAAUUUUGAAUGACCAGGGCCUGCCUUAUCCUGAAUGGAGAACACUUUUGUGCCAGAGGUAGGGUUUAUGGAUGGGGAAAACUGAAAAGAGUUGCACUUUUCAGCUGACACUGACAACUGUCAAUGUAGACAAGACUUAGUUACAUCGUUUUCUGCAGGAAAAUUGCUCUCUCCCUCUCCCUGUCUGUCCAAGUGGACAAGCAAUAUCAUUUGAAUUAAAAAUCUACGUACAUGUAGCAUGAUAAAACAGCCAACAUUUUUGUGACACCACCACUUCUUUCCCCUGCAAAAUGACAUCUGAGAAACUAGUGUAGAAAUUCCAUACUGGUGACAUGUAACUACCCAGAUCUGGGUAGUGCUUCUAAUGGUUGAAAAUUUGCUUCCACACAUUAGAAGUAUUACCCAGAGCACAGAGACCUGUCUUCAGUAUUGACUUUAUGCAUUCUUUUCUCAGACAUCAUUUUGCACAGAAACCAGCGGUAGCGUUGCGAAAAUAAACCAGGGGCACCCAACGUCAAUUUUCAGAAAAUAUCUGUUCGGAAAACGAUUUGAGAUCUAGAAUUUUCAGAAAAUUUGUUGUAAAAUUUCUUGCUUGCCUGCCUCUCCUAGGAUUUUUGAACGUCUAAGAAGUGGUAUAAUUGCCCAUUUUAACGGAUUUUUACCCUAAAAGGGUCACCUAGAAUUUUCGGGAGCCUUUUUUCUGGCUGAAAUUUUUGAAAAGUUAAGGUUUGAUCCAUAUAAUUUUCGGAUCACUAGACUUUCAGCUAGGAAAUCCGAACAGAUGAAAAAUUUUUAGGGGAUAAAAAUAUGCCUAUUUCUACCAUUUAAAUACUAAAAUAUGUUCAACAAUGCUAUGUUUAAGUGGUUUUAAACUAUAUUCUCGAUGGGUGCCCCUGAUCAACAUCAGCUGUUUUCUCAGGCAAAAAUCUAUAGUGAAGAGAAUGUUUGAUCAAGAAAGUUGCCUCUUCAAGUUAUUGGGUGCACUUUUUUGGCAAAUCCAAAACCUGGUCUGUGAUCUCCUUUGCCACCUAAAAAGUGAAAGGAGACAUGUAAAUAUACAAAAUAUACACUUCUUCUCAGGCCAAUUAGUCAAGUAGAGUCAGUGUAUAUAUGUUGUGGUUCAAUUUUAUCCUUGGUUCAAAUUUUCUCUUCUUUUGUUUCAACCUCAUGAUCAUGUUAUUAUCAUACAUUACCAUACCCAAAAACAAAAGAAAAUAUGAACGACGGAUAAAAUUGAACCACAACAUAUACAUUAGAGUGGUGAACAAUAUACAUAUAAUAACUAAGUAAUAAAGCAGAAAAAAGUGAUUGGUAAUUUAUUACAUAGACUGAAUAAACUGGAGCAGACAUUACAUAGGUAUCAAAAAAUGACAACUCAGGGUUUAAAACCUUCUACGAAUAUAAAAAGAUGAGAAGCAUGGAAUUAAUGAGUUGUAACUAAUACUAAUCACAAAAUGGCAACACUAACAUAGGCUCAGUUAGGAUUUGGAUUUGAUCUGAAGAAUCCACUUAAAGUGUGGACUUAAUGGACUCUUGAUCCAUUUUUGGAUUCAGAAAUAUCUGGAUUUGGAUUUUCCUCAAAAAACGCACCCAUUAUUCAUCCUGGUAUGGACUGCUAACAUUUCUCACUGCACCAACAAUAGACCUUUUUACCGAUACAGUGGCAAUUUUGAAUUAAUUCUGUCCAGGGGGCAUGAGCACAUUUCGUUUGUAUUUUCGAGCGCUUUUCGGGACAUUUUUUCUUGAAGUUUUCUUAGAAUAAGAUUGUAAUGGGAAAAAAGAUCCUUGUGCCGUGUUUGGAUGUAAUAAUGAUCGCCUUUUUCUAGUUUAGUAUUAGAAAUAUGGUCUUUCACUGCAUAUUUCUCGGGAAAAAGGCGAUCAUUAUUACAUCGAAACACGGCACAAGGAUCUUUUUCCCCAUUACAAUCUUAUUCUAAGAAAACUUUAAGAAAAAAUGUCCCGAAAAGCGCUCAAAAAUACAAACGAAAUGUGCUCAUGCCCCCUGGGCAUCCUAUAAUACUCCUUAAAUUGAAUUAAUUCAAUAUGGCCACCGUAUCGGUAAAAAAGUGAGUUAACUCUUGCAAAGACUUCUAGAACUGUUACUGGAGACAGAGAAGAAAAAGUGGCCAAUAGCUGACUGGUGCAUCCCCAGUAACAAUAACAGAAGUCUUUGCAAAAGCUAACUGAGACCAGUUUCCUUCUCGAUUCUAAAGUGGUGAAUGACUUUAUCAGAGAAAACAGCCAACAUUUCGCUACAUCACCACAGGUUUCUACACAGAAUGAUGUCUGAGAAAAUAGUGUAGAAAUUCCAUACUGAUAAUCAUAAGGCGUUACUAUCCAGAUCUGGUUAGUGCUUUUGAUUGGUUGAAGCAAAUUUUAAGCCAAUCAGAUGCACUACCCUGAUCUGGGUAGUGACGCCUCAUCAGUAUGGAAUUUCUGCACUAGUUUCUCAGACAUCAUUUGGCGAGGAAGCCAGUGGUGGCGUCAUGAAAUGUCAGCUGUGCACCAGGGAUGUCACUAAGAGCCAGCUGUGGGCUAAUUUCACCGGCUGAAAAAGAGCUUACCACCAGCUCAAAGUACUCUGCAAAACAAUGACAAAUGGUAAUUUUGAAGAUGCAGUUGAGUAAAAAAGCUGGCUUGACUAAUAAAAAAGCCUGCUUAUCGUUUCCUUAGCUACUGUACACCCCUGACAAUGACAGCAGUGCUUUGGAUCAAAGCCCACCAACCUUGAGAGAGGUUUGUUAAAUGCUGACACAGUGUUACAUUUGCCCCACUUGUUAAAUUGAGCUUCUCAAGAACAGCAGUACAAGGUUGAAACGAUGAGAUCAGUAUCAAAGUGACUAGCUAUCGGGAGACAAAUGACCAGCUUUUAAUGCACCAAGACUCACAUUUACAAUUUCAUUUCUCAAACAAUGGGAUUAUGUCCUUUCCACAGCAAGACCUGGAAUGAUGGAUUUUGCUGGAAAAGCAAAAUGGGAUGCCUGGAAUGGAAAGAAAGGUAAUAUUAAAAAUUUUAAUUUGGAAUGAUUUACUUCAAAUGCCUGAAAGCUUUACACCACCAAAGCAAGUCCCAAUAGGGAGAUUAAGAUUUAUGUUUGCCAUUUGGCUUAAAAUGGCAAAUGUCAGAUUCAAGUUGAGAAUUUCUCAGAAUAGAAAAUAAGCAGAUGAAAACUGUCCAGAAGAAUUCUUAUGUAUAAAACUGGCGUGAAACUACUUAUUUUUUAGUUUAAGUACUAAAAAGGUAAUGACAAUUAAGGGAAUUCAAAAAUGGUAUAAAUUCAUGUUUGCCGUUUGGUGUAAACGUGAAUCAGAAAUCUCUCUAAUAUUAUUGUUCUUGUAGCUUCUGAGAGCAGUUGCCGCAUGAAACUUGAUGUCUGUCCCAACAUCCUAUGUCUACUGUUAAAAUACAGAGUUUGACAGGGCUAUCAGAUAUUAGCAGUUUUGUUUGAUUUUAAAAUUAUGCAACAGGCCCCAGACCAAGUUGUAAAAAGUAAGAUUAACUGUUUUGAUGUGAAGCAUAUGAAAUAAUUCAUUUUUGAACUGCGGUUGUAGAUGAGAGUGAAGAAUGAUCAUCGCAGUAAAUUUUCCAAUUUAAGCAAUCGGAAAGAAGAAGCCUGAAAAAAUCAGGGCUUCAACGGGAUUCGAACCCGUGACCUCCGCGUUGCUGGUGCAAUGCUCUACCAACUAAGCUAUGGAGCCACACAUUGGGAGCGAGGUCAAUUUAUUGAGUUCAUCAAUUCACUCCUUACCGGGGACAUAUGAACUCAAUAAAUUGACCUCGCUCCCAAUGUGUGGCUUCAUAGCUCAGUUGGUAGAGCAACGCACCGGCAACGCGUAGGUCACGGGUUCGAAUCCUGUUGAAGCCCUGAUUUUUUUCAGGCUUCUUCUUUCCGAUUGCGUAAAUUGGAAAAUUUACUGCGAUGAUCAUUCUUCACUCUCAUUAACUGUUUUGUUUACCUCAGUGCGCUAACUAUACUUCUGAUUGUAUGUUUAAUAAUCUGUUGAACCUCCCACAAGCAGCCACUCAAGAUGCGAAGAUUUAGUGAUUGCUUACCGGAGGUGGUCACUCACGAGGAUCAAACUGCAGGGGAUCUUUCCCGUAAAUAGGUCCCGACACAUCUACUUUUUGGCACAGAAUAUAUUUUUUUUAGUUUAUGUUGUCACUGAAAGUUUUUCAUAUACUCUGAGCGGAGCUUUACAUACAGCAAACAAGGAGACACACCAUGGGUCAAGAGGUCGCUUACAAGAGUUUUGAAAAACAAUGAGGAACUAUAAAUCCAGCUGGCCAAAAAGUACCGUAAAAUUCCGAAAAUAAGCCCCUCCAUGUAUAAGCCCCAGCAAAUAUAAGCCCCCCAAAAUCGUAACGCAAAAAACACUCCGUUAAAUCGCCCCUCCGAAUAUAAGCCCCCCGGGGGGGCUUGUACUUGGAAUUUGCCCUCGAAUAUAAAGUGAAACAAAGCAAAGAUGGUAAAUUUCCUUCCCACUACAAGCUAGCCCAAUCGAUUUUGAAACGCAAAUUUCCCUCCGUACAUAAGCCCCUCCGAAUAUAAGCCCCUCCGAAAAUAAGCCCCUCAAAAAGGGCCUUUGAAAAAUAUAAGCCCCGGGGCAUAUUUUCGGAAUUUUACGGUAGUUGCGAUAGCUUUUGAAAGGUGGUUGUUUACGAGAGGCUUUAUUGUAGGGUUUUGACUGCGAGAGUCUUUCUCAAAUCAUCAUAUAGGUCACAGUGAAUUAAUAUGUGCAUUUUAUUUUCAUUACCAUUAUUCUUAUUUCUUCUUCUUCUUAUCAUCAUCAUCAUCAUCAUUAUAAAAAAAUUAAAUAAAAGGGGAUUGUUUUCUUAUUUGUUUUCUCAGGUAUGAGCAAGGAAGAUGCUGAGGCUGCCUACAUCGCAAAAGUGGAAGAGCUUAAAAAAUCUUGCAGUUGA